UUGAAAAGAGGAAGGAAGUGGGGCCCGGAGGAGCGCCUAGCCACCCCCUGGCUGCUUCCCCACAGGACGACGUGAGGCACCCGCAGCUCCAGUGGCCCAGCCAUGGCCCCCUGGCGUAAAACUGACAAGGAGCGACACGGCGUGGCAAUAUACAACUUCCAGGGCAGUGGAGCUCCCCAGCUCUCCCUGCAGAUUGGUGACGUGGUGCGAAUACAGGAGACCUGUGGAGAUUGGUAUAGGGGAUACCUCCUAAAGCACAAAAUGUUACAGGGAAUUUUCCCGAAAUCCUUUAUCCACAUCAAGGAAGUGACCGUGGAGAAAAGAAGAAAUAUCGAGAACAUCAUUCCUGCAGAAAUUCCUCUGGCACAAGAAGUGACAACAACACUUUGGGAAUGGGGCAGCAUCUGGAAACAGCUCUACGUGGCCAGCAAAAAGGAGCGGUUCAUGCAGGUGCAGUCCAUGAUGUACGACCUGAUGGAGUGGCGGUCCCAGCUCCUCUCGGGAACUCUGCCCAAAGACGAGCUGAAGGAACUGAAGCAAAAAGUCACAUCCAAAAUUGACUAUGGCAACAAAAUUCUUGAGCUUGAUCUGAUUGUCAGAGAUGAUGAUGGGAAUAUCUUGGACCCCGAUAAUACCAGUGUCAUCAGCUUGUUCCAUGCACAUGAGGAAGCAACUGAUAAGAUCACAGAGCGCAUCAAGGAAGAAAUGUCAAAAGACCAGCCAGAUUAUGGAAUGUAUUCCCGGAUCUCCUCAUCCCCCACCCAUAGCCUCUAUGUCUUUGUGAGGAACUUUGUGUGCCGAAUUGGGGAAGAUGCUGAGCUCUUCAUGUCUCUCUAUGAUCCCAACAAACAAACGGUCAUAAGUGAGAACUACUUGGUCAGAUGGGGCAGCAAGGGCUUCCCGAAGGAGAUCGAGAUGCUCAACAACCUGAAAGUGGUCUUCACGGAUCUCGGAAACAAAGACCUCAACAGGGAUAAAAUUUACUUGAUUUGUCAAAUAGUCCGAGUUGGGAAGAUGGAUCUCAAGGAUACGAAUACGAAAAAGUGCACGCAGGGACUAAGGCGACCCUUUGGGGUGGCAGUUAUGGACAUAACAGACAUCAUCAAGGGGAAAUCAGAGAGUGAUGAAGAAAAGCAGCACUUCAUUCCUUUUCACCCAGUGACAGCUGAGAAUGACUUCCUUCACAGCCUGCUGAGCAAAGUCACAGCCUCCAAAGGAGACAGUGGAGGGCAAGGCCUCUGGGUGACCAUGAAGAUGCUUGUGGGUGACAUCAUUCAAAUCCGCAAGGACUACCCACACCUGGUGGACAGGACCACUGUGGUCGCCAGGAAGCUGGGCUUCCCAGAGAUCAUCAUGCCAGGGGAUGUCAGGAACGACAUCUACAUCACUCUCUCACAAGGCGACUUUGACAAGUACAACAAGACCACGCAGAGGAAUGUGGAAGUGAUCAUGUGUGUGUGCGCGGAGGAUGGCAAAACGCUGCCUAAUGCAAUUUGCGUGGGAGCUGGGGAUAAGCCCAUGAAUGAAUAUCGGUCCGUUGUGUACUAUCAAGUCAAACAGCCACGGUGGAUGGAAACAGUCAAGGUGGCUGUCCCUAUCGAAGACAUGCAGAGGAUCCAUUUGAGAUUCAUGUUUCGGCAUCGAUCAUCCCUGGAAUCUAAAGAUAAAGGAGAAAAGAACUUUGCCAUGUCCUAUGUGAAGCUGAUGAAGGAAGAUGGGACCACUCUGCAAGAUGGACCCCACGACUUGGUUGUCCUGAAGGGAGAGAGUAAGAAGAUGGAGGAUGCCAGUGCUUACCUGACCCUUCCUUCUUAUCGACACCAUAUGGAAAACAAGGGGGCCACCUUGAGUCGAAGCUCCAGUAGUGUUGGGGGGCUCUCUGUCAGCUCCCGGGAUGUGUUCUCCAUUUCCACCCUGGUGUGUUCCACAAAGCUCACCCAAAAUGUGGGCUUGCUGGGUUUGCUGAAGUGGCGUAUGAAGCCUCAGCUGCUACAGGAGAAUUUAGAGAAAUUGAAGAUCGUCGAUGGAGAGGAAGUGGUGAAGUUUCUCCAAGAUACUCUGGAUGCCCUCUUCAAUAUCAUGAUGGAGCAUUCUCAAAGCAAUGAGUAUGAUAUCCUCGUCUUUGAUGCUUUGAUCUACAUAAUAGGACUCAUUGCUGACCGGAAAUUCCAGCAUUUCAAUACCGUUCUGGAGGCUUACAUUCAACAGCAUUUCAGUGCCACCUUGGCUUACAAGAAAUUGAUGACGGUGCUGAAGACUUACUUGGAUACCUCCAGCAGAGGGGAGCAAUGUGAGCCGAUCCUAAGAACCCUGAAAGCUUUGGAAUAUGUAUUCAAGUUCAUUGUUCGAUCGAGGACAUUAUUUUCACAGCUUUAUGAAGGCAAAGAACAGAUGGAGUUUGAAGAAUCCAUGAGACGGCUCUUUGAAUCCAUCAACAACCUGAUGAAAAGUCAACAUAGAACAACCAUCCUUUUGCAGGUGGCGGCUUUGAAAUACAUCCCAUCUGUCCUCCAUGAUGUGGAAACGGUCUUCGAUGCAAAGUUACUCAGCCAACUCCUGUAUGAGUUCUACACCUGCAUCCCCCCUGUGAAACUCCAGAAGCAGAAAGUCCAAUCCAUGAAUGAGAUAGUCCAGAGCAACCUCUUUAAGAAGCAAGAGUGCCGGGACAUUCUUCUUCCUGUCAUCACCAAAGAACUGAAGGAGCUGCUGGAUCAGAAGGAUGAGAUGCAACACCAGGUCCAGGAGAAGAAGUACUGUGUCGAACUACUCAACAGCAUUUUGGAGGUCCUCAGCUGUCAGGAUGCGGCCUUCACCUACCACCACAUCCAAGAAAUCAUGGUCCAGCUUCUUCGCACAGUGAACCGGACGGUCAUCACGAUGGGACGGGAUCAUGUUCUGAUUAGUCACUUCGUGGCAUGUAUGACAGCAAUCUUAAACCAGAUGGGUGACCAGCAUUAUUCCUUCUAUAUUGAGACCUUCCAGACCAGCUCUGAACUUGUGGACUUCUUGAUGGAGACAUUCAUCAUGUUCAAGGACCUCAUUGGGAAAAAUGUGUAUCCUGGAGACUGGAUGGCCAUGAGUAUGGUUCAGAACAGGGUCUUCCUGAGGGCUAUCAACAAGUUCGCAGAAACCAUGAACCAGAAGUUCCUGGAACACACAAACUUUGAGUUCCAGCUGUGGAACAACUAUUUUCAUCUGGCGGUGGCUUUCAUCACUCAGGACUCUCUGCAGCUGGAGCAGUUCUCGCACGCCAAAUACAACAAAAUCCUGAAUAAGUAUGGGGACAUGAGACGGCUCAUUGGCUUCUCCAUCCGCGACAUGUGGUACAAACUGGGCCAGAACAAAAUCUGCUUCAUCCCUGGCAUGGUGGGACCUAUAUUAGAGAUGACACUUAUCCCCGAGGCUGAGCUCCGGAAAGCCACCAUACCAAUCUUCUUCGACAUGAUGCUGUGUGAAUAUCAAAGGAGUGGGGAUUUCAAAAAGUUUGAAAAUGAAAUCAUCCUCAAGCUGGACCACGAGGUGGAAGGGGGUCGAGGGGACGAACAAUACAUGCAGCUGCUAGAGUCCAUUGACCCUCCUUCCCCCACUCUGGAGGCAGAGCAGAUUCCCAGCAGUACCCUGUCCCCCUUCUGUCACUGUGCACAGCCCUCACUAAACACAUGGAUUGCAAAGGUAGCUCAGCCAGAAGGAGAAGCUCACUGUCUGCCCCUCGGCCUGAUGGAGUGUGCUGCAGAGCACCCGACUAUUUUCAAGUCGGUGGAAAACUUUGUGAACCUGGUGAAAGGCCUCCUGGAGAAGCUGCUCGAUUACCGGGGUGUGAUGGCGGAUGAGAGCAAAGACAACCGCAUGAGCUGCACCGUGAAUCUGCUGAAUUUCUACAAAGAUAACAACCGGGAAGAGAUGUACAUAAGGUACCUGUACAAACUCCGUGAUCUUCACUUGGACUGUGAAAAUUACACAGAGGCUGCCUACACACUCCUUCUCCAUACCUGGCUUCUCAAGUGGUCGGAUGAGCAGUGUGCCUCGCAGGUCAUGCAGACAGGCCAGCAACACCCCCAGACUCACCGACAGCUGAAGGAGACGCUCUAUGAGAUCAUCAUAGGCUACUUUGACAAAGGAAAGAUGUGGGAAGAAGCCAUCAGUCUGUGCAAGGAGCUGGCGGAACAGUAUGAGAUGGAGAUCUUUGACUAUGAGCUCCUGAGCCAGAACCUGAUCCAGCAGGCAAAAUUCUAUGAAAACAUCAUGAAAAUCCUCAGGCCCAAGCCAGACUACUUUGCCGUUGGAUACUACGGCCAGGGAUUUCCCUCCUUUCUGCGGAACAAAGUAUUCAUCUACCGAGGGAAGGAGUAUGAGCGGAGAGAAGAUUUCCAGAUGCAGCUGAUGAGCCAGUUCCCCAAUGCAGAGAAGAUGAACACAACCUCUGCCCCUGGGGAUGAUGUCAAGAAUGCCCCAGGCCAGUACAUCCAGUGUUUCACUGUCCAGCCGGUCUUGGAUGAACACCCAAGGUUCAAGAAUAAGCCAGUGCCUGACCAGAUAAUAAACUUUUAUAAAUCCAACUAUGUGCAAAAGUUCCACUACUCCCGGCCUGUACGCAAAGGGACCGUCGACCCUGAGAAUGAAUUUGCCUCGAUGUGGAUCGAGAGAACCUCCUUCAUAACUGCCUACAAGCUUCCGGGGAUCCUGCGCUGGUUUGAGGUGGUGCAUAUGUCCCAGACCACAAUUAGCCCUCUGGAGAACGCCAUCGAAACCAUGUCCACAGCCAACGAGAAGAUUCUGAUGAUGAUCAACCAGUACCAGAGUGACGAAAGCCUCCCCAUUAACCCGCUCUCCAUGCUCCUGAACGGGAUCGUGGACCCCGCUGUCAUGGGAGGGUUUGCCAAGUAUGAGAAGGCCUUUUUUACAGAGGAGUACACAAGGGAUCACCCAGAGGACCAGGAAAAACUGAGCCGCCUCAAGGACCUGAUCGCGUGGCAGAUCCCUUUCCUGGGAGCUGGGAUUAAAAUCCAUGAGAAAAGGGUGUCAGAGAAUCUGCGGCCCUUCCACGACCGGAUGGAAGAAUGUUUCAAGAACCUGAAAGUGAAGGUGGAGAAGGAGUAUGGUGUCAGAGAAAUGCCCGACUUUGAGGACAGGCGUGUGGGCCGCCCACGGUCCAUGCUGCGCUCCUACAGGCAGAUGUCCAUCAUCUCUAUGGCUUCCAUGAACUCUGACUGCAGCACCCCCAGCAGGACCACCUCUGAGAGCUUUGACCUGGAAUUAGCAACUCCGAAGACUCCAAAAGCGGAGCCGGUGGAGAUGAUCUCCGUGGGGAGCACUCUGCCAGAAGUCAAGCUACGGCGGUCCAAGAAGAGGGCCAAGAGGAGCAGCGUGGUGUUUGCAGAUGAGAAGGCUGCGGCCGAGUCGGACCUGAAGCGGCUUUCCAGGAAGCACGAGUUCAUGAGUGACACCAACCUCUCGGAGCAUGCGGCCAUUCCCCCCAGGGCAUCCAUCCUCUCUCAGAUGAGUUUUGCCAGUCAGUCCAUGCCCACCAUCCCAGCCCUCACGCUCUCCGUGGCAGGCGUGCCUGGGAUAGAGGACUCCAGCUCGUCCCCCCGCCUCAGCCAGACCUUCUUCCCUCUCUCAGACGGCGACAAGAAGACGCUCAAACGGAAGAAAGUAAAUCAGUUCUUCAAGACGAUGCUGGCCAGCAAAUCCGCUGAAGAAGGCAAACAGAUCCCUGACAUCCUAUCCUCGGACCUGUGAGCUGCAACCAGGGCUGCACAAGGAGAGCCAGCGAGAGAACUUUCCAGAGGAAAAGAGACAUGGUGGGACACUGAGACCUCAAAGUGGGGUACCUCAUUCCGGUUGCUCUCCCUAAGAGGAACAAGGGCUGAUCUUGGCCCCCACUCCUUGUGAUCCAAGCGCCCGGUGAAGACGCCCCUGCCCGGAUUCGGGGCUGUGUGCACAAGGAGCCAGCAAGAAGGUUCUCUCCCACCGCGCUCUCCCCAACAUCCUCGGCGCAUCUUUUUAUAACCCGGUUUCUUAGCUAUAAGGAGCUGUAUUUUUGUUUCAUUUUUUUAAGUCCUAGCACCUAACAGAGCAGCCUCUUAAAUAUUCUUUUAUUUUAUUUUUGGUUACUAUUUUGUAUUUCCCAUUUUUUAAUACAACCAACCAAAGUGUUACUGUUUUCUUACUGACAAUAAAAAUGUGUGCAUGGCUCCCA